UGUUCUGACCUGAGCAGAGGGGCCCAGUUCUGCUCAGGACAAACAUAAAUGCGUCACUGGAGAACAAAGUGAGUGUUGUACAGCAAUACCAGGCAGGACCGUGUUCUGCUCCUGGUUCUGUUGCAUCAGGUGAUCUACUGGAUCAGAACCUGAAGGCGGGCAGACUGACGGGCUGGAGGGAAACACGCUGACAUUGUUUCUUUAAACGUCCUCCUGGCUCCUGGGCCUUCAGACAGUGUGUUCCUGAAAUAACUCCAGCAGGGGGAGGGGGGAGGUCCGGACCUCCUCCUGAGCCGCUCACACUCAGAACCGUCCGGACUGGAAACUAGUAUUUUUUUAGAAAGUUCAGAGGAAGAGUCUGCCUGUGAAACCUGAGCUGCUGCUCCUCCUCCUCCUGGUGGAGUUUAACUGGAACCAGAUGGUGAAGCUGCAGCUUGUUUUGCUCUCUGCGAGAAUCUGUCGCUCCAUUUGGAGACGAGGAGAGAAGAUGAAGGAGCAGGCCGCCACCUCCUCUUCCUCCUCUGAGCUCCUGUCAGCCAGAUGAAGGUGAUGAAGAGGAGCGCGGUGAAGUGAAGCCGCUCCUCAUGCGACGCCUCCUCAGGAUGCUGCUGCGGCGGCGCGUGUGCACGGGCCCGCUGGUUCUGCUGCUGGCGCUGCUCCUUCUCUGCUACCAGACCCUGAUGGUGGACCGGAACCAGGAGCGGAGCGAGUCCCAGGAGGUGCUGAUGGAGACCAGGAGGCUGGUCUCCGCUCUGGAGGCUCUGCAGGAGCAGACGCAGGCCUGGUUCUCCUCUCAGAGACGCCUGCACCGCCGGCGCCAGGCCAUGGUUCUGACGGGUCGGCUGUCUGACACAGAGGUGGGGCUGCAGCAGCGGGUCUUGCAGCAGAUGGACUAUGAAGUGCAUGUGUCCCGGUUUGCAGAGACCAGCAGGUUCUGGAGGACGCAGCAUGGUGGGGGUGGGUGGAGUCUCCUGCUGUGCCUCAGUACUUCGGAGCGGAGCUGUUUGAGGAGGAUCAGCUUCUCACACCUGCAGCAGCAUCAGAUGGUAAACCUGCUACCAGAGCUGAUGGAGGCAUUUUCAGAUGUAGCUGGAGGUCUGUGUCACGUUUACCCACAGCUGACAGGUUCUGACCUUCUCAUGAAGCCUCACUCCUGUGGAUCCUCCAAUCAGAACCAUCCCUUUCCUCAGGACAGACGUUCUCCUGACCGUUCUCCUGCUCUGGUUGCCCUGGUGAAUGUUUUUGUCCUGGUGACCUCUGUGACCCCUCUGACGUCCUUCAUGCAUGACGUCAGCGUGGUGAUGACCCAUGAGAACGCACCUGGACAACAGGUGAAGAUCAGAGCGUUCCUGGUGCAGCAGCUGGGAGCGUCCACCUCCCAGCAGGCCUUGCUCCAGAUCCAGAGGGUGAUUGGGUCGGUGCUGCAGGCAGUAUCGACCAAUCAGGAGCAGGAAGCAGGUGGCAGGUGCUUGUUGUGCUUCCAGCUGCUCACCUUCACGCUGAUGUUCAGCGGUUCCAUCACACCUGUCAUAGUCCAGGUGGACACAGAGCUCAGCCUCAGGGCUCUGAGUGACGACUCCUUCAGCAGACAGAUCACCAAAGACCGCAUCCUGGAGGACACCCUGCGCUUCCUGCUGCCGCUGCCCACUCACCUGGGCCCUGAGGCUCACCUGUCUCUAGAAUCUCUGAGGCAGCAGUACGGUGGCUGCAGAGGGACACGCUGUCUGUCCCAGGAGGAGCUCCUGCUUCUGCUGCGCUUCCAGCAGCAGCUGAAGAUUCCCUCGGCCUUCCAGCUGUCUGUCUCUGUCUCUCUGCAGCUGUAUCCCAGCACCUCCUCCUCCUCCUCCUCCUCCUCGCCUCCUCUCAACCUCUCCAGCCUCCUCCUCAGGGUCAGCCGUCACUACGAGCUGCAGAGGAGCAGCAGAGAGCUGGACAAACCCACCAAUCAGCAAUCGGCAUCCUUGAAGCCUGCAGGCUCCUGUGUUGACCCCCACCUCAGACAGAUCUACACCGACCCCCCCCUCAUCCUGACUCCUCCCUUCAGCCCCACCCUGAAGGAAUACCGGGCCGAGGUACCCUUCGACACGGUGACGGUUCGCAUUCGACCAGAACCCGUCAGCUCCACCUGUGUGAUCCACCUGGACAACCAGCGAGGACCCAGGACGGCAAACUUCCCGGUGGGCCUGGGGAACAGCCGGAUCAGCAUCCUGGUGACGGAUGCAGCAGAACCCCAUCCUGUCAUGACCGUCUACACCGUCAACGUGUUCCGCGAGGCCCGGCCCAGCCUGCCCAUGUUUGGGGAUCAUGUGACGUGCAGCUUCCUGCAGGUAAAGGACUGUGGUCUGCAGGUCCAGCCGGCUCUCUCCUGUGGUCUCCAGCCUCACGUCACGUCUCAGAGUCCGGCUCCGCCCUGCGGCUCGGGACACGUCCCAGGUCGGUGGGUCGUUCCUUGUCUCAGCUGCUCUGACAACAGGACCUGUGAUUGGAGAGAGGUCACCUGGCAACCAGACGGCUGUUAUCAUCCGCUGGUGGAGCGCCCCCUGCUGGAGGACUGCAUGAGGGACAGGAAGGUGUUGUUCAUGGGCGACUCCACCAACCGGGGCAUGAUGUACUUCCUGAUGGAGCGGGUCAACUCCAGCCUGGAGGACUGGGGCAAAGCUCACGACAUGCUGCUCUACCAGAACCUCAACAGAGGACGGACUCACGUCAGCUACUCCUAUUAUCCUCGGUUCUGGCUGGAACAGAACCAGAGGCCCACCUUCAGGGAGGCGCUGCUGCAGCUCCUCAACAGGUCUCGGCCGUUAGAGAACUCAAACCAGACAGUGCUGGUGGUGGGGGGAGUCCAGUGGCUCAACACCGUCCACCUGAGGACGGUCCAGGAGGUGCUGGACAGGGAGUCUCUGAGUGAGAUCCUGGUGGUGGUGAAGUCUCUGGGCAUGGGCUUCCACCUUCCUGUGGAUGGCAUCAGGUCUCUGAGUCUGCUGGAGAUACGGAACCUGUUCUUGGAGAACGGAAAGAUCGUCUCCACUGCCAGACGUCUGGGGUACGAGGUGAUCGACACCUUCAGCAUCACCAUGGGUCGAUACAAGGAGUUCCUGCAGGGGCGAUGUGCCUGCCACUUCCAUGAGGUCGAGAAGCUCCAAUCCUCCAGACCUCCAGGCAACAUGGCAUCAGCCAGAGAAAAGACCAGAACCACCAGAACUGGACCUGGACCUAGCAGCCAAUCAACCGUGCUGGACGCGGAGCAGGAAGUCCGAUCAACCUUCCACGUUAGAGGAGCAGUAAACCAGGUGUACUCUGAGAUCCUGCUGAGCCGCCUGUGUCCAGAACCCAGAGGAACCGGGUCCAGGUGAGACCCAACGGGGUCAAGAAGUUCUGCUGGGUCGUCUUUCAGCGCUCUGUUGUUCCUGGGUGGAACAUGGAGGUCCAGGAGUCCAGCUGAGCUGGAAGCAACUGACUGGUGAAGAAUCUGAUCAAUAAACCGAGUCCAGAAAGGAUCCAUCGGUUCCGACAGGUUCCUUUAGAGAACCACAGAGUUUUCCAUUAUCUAAAACUUCCUCUGGUGGGAAGUUCCACAUUCCCAGAAGUCCCAAAGAAACGUUCCUUCAGAAGUUUGAGGCAUCCAACCAAGACUUCUCCAGAGCUGACAUUCCCGUCUCCAUGGACGUUUUCACCGAGAACGGCUGCAGGAAACUCCGCAGAACGUGACUCGCGUUCUCAGCGGUUCCCAGAACCACGACCAAACGACACGUUUCCCUUCCAGUUCCUAGACUGGGGUUUCCAAGGUUCCACGCGUUCUCCGCAUCCGCAGUCCAUCCCGUCGUUUGGGUGAAACUCCAGAAGAACUGCUGCUUUAAACAAAUGUUCUGUCAGAACGACCCGGUUCUGUGUCCCUGACGGCUCUGCUGCUGAUAAACGAUGAACCGAGCAGGAUUCCCAGUUUUGCUUUCACAAUUCCAGACUUUUCCAGACGGUUUGUCUUUCUGCUUGAAUGCAGAGAGGUGGACUGCAGCAGAGGUUCUGCUGAGGCCCGGUUCUGACUGCGAGGAACUCACGGCACAGAUAAAACUCAGAGCUCCACGUUUCCUUCUGCUGGGAAAUAAAUGAGGAAUAAAAUCUGCAAAUGUAAAAUGUUUUUUUGUGUUCUGAUCCAGACCCGGGAGGUCCUAAAACUCCAGAAUUUCCAGAUCUGAGUUUAUAAAAGCAGCUUUAAUUUUUUCAUUAAUUACUAUUUUAAAUACAUUACAGCUGAGUUCUGAAGAGAAGAUCCUCUCAGAACGGUCCAUCGGGGUUCUGAUCCAGAGGUUCUGCCUCUGAUCUGUAUCUCUGUGGAUCAGCAGCUUUUACUGGAUCCCAUUUCAGAACCAGCUGCUGUGGGCUGGUGCUUUCUAACAGAACUGGACUAACCAGCUCGGUUCUGGGUCAGAACUUCCCCAGGUUCUGUUCACUUCUUGUUCCUGGUUCUCUGAAGUGCCACCAGAGAGAGUUCUGUUCCCACAACUCUCCAGCUUCCAGAACAAAAAGCAUUCGGACUCCAGAGUUUGUUACAGAUCCAAAAGAAGCUGCUGGACCGGAACCAGCGGCCAGGUGACUCCUCCCUGUCCAAUCACGGCGCUCCUCCUUGGUUCUGUUCUGUUCAUCGGUUCUGGAGCAGAGAGUCGCUGGAGGAUGGGUCUAUGUUUGGGUUUAGUUCUCUAUUUUUCUACAGAUGACGCUUUAUUCUCCGGGUUUCCCUGCUGGACCCGGCAGCUCGACCCGGUUCCGUCCCAACAGAACAUGUCCGGUUUUACCUGCUGGGUCGUGCAACACGUCUCUGAACUGCUUCAAAUAAACUUUUGAUUAUUUUUA